AUGGUAUAUCCCUAGCCAAAGGUGCUAACACCCUUUAGAAACGAUGUCCUCGUUGUGACUCCUUGGCUGGCUCCCAUUGUCUGGGAGGGGACCUUCAACAUCGACAUCUUGAACGCACAGUUCCGGCUCCAUAAUGUCACCAUUGGGUUGACCGUGUUUGCCAUCAAAAAGUACGUGGUCUUCCUGAAGCUGUUCCUGGAGACGGCGGAGAAGCACUUCAUGGUCAGAUACCGGGUCAACUACUACGUCUUCACCGACCGGCCAGCGGAGGUGCAGCGCGUGGCCCUCGGCGACGGGCGGCGGCUGGAGGUGCACGAGGCGCGCAGCUACGCGCGCUGGCAGGACGUGUCCAUGCGGCGCAUGGAGGUGAUCGGCGACUUCUCGGCGCGGCGCUUCCUCCGCGAGGUGGACUACCUGGUGUGCGCCGACGUGGACAUGCAGUUCCACGACCACGUGGGCGUGGAGGACCUGAGCCCGCUCUUCGGCACGCUGCACCCCGGCUACUACGGCCGCGGCCGGGAGGCCUUCCCCUACGAGCGCCAGCGGGCCCAGGCCCACAUCCCCCGCGACGAGGGCGACUUCUACUACAUAGGCACCUUCUUCGGGGGCUCGGUGCCGGAGGUGCAGCGGCUCGCCAAGGCCUGCCAACAGGCCAUGAUGACCGACAAGACCAGUGGUGUCGAGGCCGUGUGGCGCGACGAGAGCCACCUGAACAAGAACCUGCUGUACCACAAGCCCACCAAGGUGCUGUCCCCUGAGAACAUGUGGGACGAGCGGCUGCUGAUCUGGCCCGCCGUCAUGAAGAAGCUGCGCUAUGUGGCCGUGCCCAAGAACCACCAGGAAAUCCGCCACCGCUGACUGCGUCCGGGAGCGCAGGAGGGCCGAGCCCGCGG